UGAGGUAGAAGAUAAAUUAGUUAUCAAAAUCGACCAAAAUAGUGAUCAUGCUCCCAAAUUUUCUGUUGCAGAUGAUAUUUCAGAAGUAUAUGGCCUACCUGGGAUUCAUGAAUGUAUUAACGGCCAAAAACCUUUAAGAGUCAUGAUUGACAUAGAUGUUUCACAAGAAGAUAUGGAAACAACUGAUGUUAAGACGCAAGAAGUAUUUUUUCAAAUCUACUUAUCUUUUAUAAGAGCCUUGUAUCGAAUUCUUGAUUAUAGCUGGAAGAACAUUCUCAAUGGAUUAGUAAUCGCUACAUCAUCAGACUUUAGCAAGUGUAGUUAUCAUAUUUUAUAUGCAUUGGCUCUUCUUAUUGAUCAUCACAAACUCAAAGCAUUUAUUGAAUUAGUAUAUACUAUAACUGAAAAAAAUUCGGCAAGUUUAUCAAUUAAAAAUUACUUGGUUAAAAUUUUAACCUUUGUCUUAUUCGUUCAGCAAAAAAAGGUUGUAUAA